UAUUUAUUUUUUAAUUAUACAGAGUAACAAUGGCGUCGUUGAGCUCCAAUCCAACUAUACUCCACUUCAGAAACCCUAGAACACCGUUCAGAAAUUCUAGAAGAUCUCCCUACAUCUUUGUAUUGUCGAACUUAGCCUCCUCCUCAGACGACUCCGCCAAGUCCCCCCGCCGCAUCUCCGCCGAUUCCUCCCCCAAAGCCCGAUUCGUGGCCCGGCGAACUGAAUCCGUCUCCGUUCGUCAGCUCCAACGCCCCCUGAUUGAGUAUAUGAGUUUGCCGGCGAGUCAGUACUCGGUGUUGGAUGCGGAGAGGAUAGAACGAAUUGAUGACAGCACCUUCAGGUGUUAUGUGUAUCGGUUCAAGUUUUUCGCUUUUGAAGUUUGUCCGGUUUUGUUGGUGAGAGUCGAGGAGCAGCCGAAUGGUUGCUGCAUUAAGCUCUUGUCUUGUAAGCUCGAGGGCUCCCCGAUUGUCGUUGCUCAGAAUGACAAAUUUGAUGCUUCGAUGGAGAAUAAGAUAUCAUGCGAUAGCACGAGAGGUGACUCGUCGGUUCAGAAGUUGACUUCAGAUGCGGUCAUUGAGGUCAACAUUGAAAUUCCGUUCGCAUUUCGUGCAAUUCCAACACAGGCCAUUGAGUCAACUGGCUCCCAAGUGCUAGAACAGAUACUGAAGGCCAUGCUUCCGCGGUUCAUGUCUCAGUUAAUGAAAGAUUACGAAGCUUGGGCUUCUGGCGACACCUCUAGGCAGCCUCUUGGGACAGGUGAGAUCUAAGAUAUAACGAUCUACUAUAAAGCUAGUCGUUUGUAAUAUUAUAUGUUGGGUUAUGUGUAACGCAACUUUUAGUUAAACUGGGAAAACCAACAAAUGUAAGGCGACAUCAUCUUGUAAGUAUUUAUUUUAUUUUAUUUCGCUUUUUUGCUAUUUCUAAAAUAAAAUUACGAUUAAGAAUUUGCUCUGUUGGUAAGUU